AGGCAUGAACUAGUCUUCAGAAACCAGUUCAACGUUUUCCUAGUCUUCCCUCCCCUAUACAAGUUCUUCAUGCUCCCUUGGUCCUCUCUACUUCAUUAUCUCUUCUUCAUCCUCUUCUAACUCUGCUUAGAAGGCCUGAGUCCUCCAUACUUCCUCGGGAUUCGCCGGUUAAAGAAUUAAUAGCAGGAUCAUGGCGGGAACUGCUGGGAGCAUCCCAAAAUUUGGCGAGUGGAAGGCCAGUGACGGUGGUUCCCCUUACACCAUGUAUUUUGAGAAUGCAAGGAAGAGAAGGAACAACAGUGGCAUCACACCUCCCCCUGGGGCAUCUCCAGCUCACAUGGUCUCUGCCCCAGCUGGCCAUAGAACCCCUCCACGAACAGCUGAUGCCAAGCCAGUGAAACCUCAGGACCGCGCCAACCGCUCACGAAACCAAGCCAAAGCUGGACAAGGUGGCUCUGGCUCAGUGCCAACGUGGGGCCAGUGGAAUGAGAGCAACAGUAGUGCAGGAGCUCAGCAGUAUACGCUUGUCUUCGACCAGCUAAGGGAGGAAAGGAGUGCUCCUCCAACGCCUAGCGUUGAGCAACUGCAACGUCCUACUCCAAAUCGAGCCACUCAUCAUGAUCUUUAUGACCAUGCACCCAAGGGAUUUAAAUGCUGUGGAUUGUUUCGAAUCUAAGGGUUUAUGGAUGCAACAAUAGAAAUGUGACAUUUAAAUGGAAAAAGUACAUCUCCAUUUUCCACAUACUUCAAGGUUUGAGCAGUGCUAUAACAAUGAAGAGAUGUUGGGAUGGUAGAUUUGAAUUUUGAAACUUGCAUUGAUCUCAGUAGACAUUAUUUGAAGGUGGUGAUACUGCAGUUAUCCACAUGUACAUGCCAGAAACGAUUUUGUGCAAAAUAUGUACAUUGAUCGAUCUUUCAUUGUUAGAAAGUUCCAUUUGUUGUCAGAAUUUUUUUAAUGAUGAAUGAAUCAUGUUGUAAAUGAUGUUGUAUAUAUUUUCAUGUUAUA